AUGUCACCAGAUUCGAAACUCAUAGCUCCCGACGGUUCCGACUCUUCUGGCCUUUCUGAUGCUGACCUUCGUUCCCACCUGGCAAGUCAACAGUUAGUGAUUCAAGAUCUUGCUGCUCAGGUAGCAAAUCUCAGCUCUCGUUUGCCGUCGCUGAUGGUUGCUCCACCUUCUAGCAUAACUAGUGGUUCAUCUAGUGGUCAUAUGUCUGUUCGCCAUAAGCCGGCACCGGUUGAAUUUGGUCGUUUUAAUGGUGCACAGCCAGACGCUUGGAUCUUUCAGGCUGAUCGUUAUUUUGAUUUCUACGGUAUUAUCGCUGAACAUAAAUUGACCUUGGCUUCGUUUUAUCUUGACGGUGAAGCCUUGGAGUGGUAUAGAUGGCUCUAUCGUAAUAAGCAGUUGAGUGAUUGGCCUCGAUUCACAGAGAAACUGCUUAGUCGCUUUCGUCCUCGUCAUGUCCUUUCGCCAGAAGCUCGUCUGUCUAAGUUGAUGCAAACUUCUACAGUUGCAGACUUUCGGCGUCGUUUUGAAGCUGUUUUGAAUGAAACGAUGACGUUGCCUGAGGAGUUUUUGGUAGAAUGCUUUCUUUCGGGCCUUCGACCCGAUAUUCUAACUGCUGUUACUGCUCAUGAGCCCACACGGUUGGACCAAGUCAUUAACCUAGCCCAUAUUCAGGAGCAACGUAUUAUAGCUGAAAAAGGGCCGCCCCGACCCGCUUCUGCUCGGACCCAACCUUUGUUGCCUACGCCGACAUCCCAAUCAGCUCCAAAUGCGCCGACGACGCCCUCUAAUGGUCGUCUUCCCUUUAAGCGCCUAUCUCAAGCUGAGAUGCAGAGUCGUCGGGAAAAAGGGCUUUGCUUCAAUUGUGAUGAGAAGUUUUCUGCCGGCCAUCGUUGUAAGACUGGCCCUCAAUUGUUGCUUUUGUCAUAUGAGGUCGAGGAUCCUUUGCUUAUGCCGACGCCCGUGAUUGCUGAUGAGGUCCUCGCCGAGGAACUUCAAUGUUUGGAGGUUCAGGCUCACUCCACUAUUUCCUAUCAUGCCUUGACUGGCAGCGUUUCAGAUCAUGUGAUUCGUCUCACCGGACAUGUCACUGGUUCUCCGGUACAGGUGCUUGUUGACGGCGGUAGCACACAUAAUUUUAUCCAGUCCCGGGUGGCCAAGUUUCUCCAGCUCCCAGUGACGCCAGUCCCUAUUUUCUCUGUAGUGGUGGGAAGUGGACAACUUCUCAAGUGUGACGGUGUUUGUCAGGGUGUGCCAUUGACAGUUCAGGGAUCAACUAUUCAUUUAGAUUUCUUUGUGUUAGCUGUCCAUGGGGCUGAUCUGGUUAUUGGGGCAUCGUGGAUGGCUACAUUAGGUCCUGUGGUCACAGAUUAUGGGGCUCGUAUUUUUGAAUUCAACUAUCAUGGACAGCGGUACAGUUGGCAUGGCGAUCCACCAGAUGUGCAACCCAUCCAAUUGCAUAGCCUUCGUCGUUUAUCAGCUACUGAUGCCAUCUCUUCUUAUUUCCAUUUAAAAUUGGUGAAACCUCAGGGCCUUCCACCGGUGCGACCCCAAGAUCACACCAUCCAUUUGCUACCAGGGACGGAACCAGUGAAUGUCCGCCCAUACCGCUAUCCCUAUUUCCAGAAGAAUGUCAUGGAACAAUUAGUUGGUGAUAUGAUUCGUGAUGGGGUUAUUCGUCCCAGCACCAGCCCUUUUUCUUCGCCUGUUCUUUUAGUUCGCAAAAAUGAUGGCACUUGGCGUUUUUGUGUGGAUUAUCGCGCCUUGAACGCUGUCACAGUGCGUGACAGAUUUCCAAUUCCCACUAUCGAUGAGCUUUUUGAUGAACUUUAUGGUGCCCAAUUUUUUUCUAAAUUGGAUUUGUUAUCGGGAUAUCAUCAGAUUCGGGUCCGCUCAGGGGACGUCGAAAAGACUGCAUUUCGGACUCACGAAGGGCAUUACGAGUUCCUUGUUAUGCCAUUUGGUCUCUCCAAUGCUCCCUCCACAUUUCAAGCGACCAUGAAUGAUAUAUUUCGCCCGUAUUUGCGCCGCUUUGUAUUAGUUUUUUUCGAUGACAUUCUGAUUUAUAGUCCUUCUUGGACUGCCCAUCUUGAACAAUUACGGUUAGUCUUGCAAUUGCUUCAGGAGCAUAAAUUGGUUGCUAAGCGGUCGAAAUGUGUCUUUGGCCAAGCAUCUGUUGAUUAUUUAGGCCAUGUUAUCACUACCGCUGGUUUAGCAGUAGACCCAACCAAAAUUACGAUCAUUCAGCAGUGGCCUACACCUUUUUCUGUGAAAGAUGUACGGAGUUUCUUAGGGCUGGCUGGGUACUACCGUCGGUUUAUUCAUCAUUUUGCAUCCAUAGCUGCACCGUUGACUGACUUGUUACGUAAGGAGGCCUUUGUGUGGGCUGUACCCCAGCAGGCAGCUUUUGAUGCAUUAAGGCUUUGUCUCAGCUCCACCCCUGUUUUGGCGCUUCCGGAUUUUAGCAAAGCUUUCCAAUUGGAAACUGAUGCCUCCGGCGUCGGCAUUGGAGCUAUAUUAUCGCAAAAUGGCCAUCUAGUGGCCUUUUUCAGUCAAAAACUUAGCAAACGCAUGCAACAAGCUUCAACCUAUCACAGGGAAAUGUUUGCCAUCAUUCAAGCUGUUGGCAAGUGGCGGCAAUAUUUGUUGGGACGCCAAUUUACCAUCGUGACUGAUCAACAGUCACUUAAGAACUUGACCACCCAAACUAUCCAGACACCUGAACAACAAAAAUGGCUUAGAAAAUUGGUUGGCUAUGACUUCACCAUUAUCUAUCGACCUGGCCGACAUAAUGGUGUUGCGGAUGCGUUAUCUAGAGUUCCGGAUGUUAUUUACAUGGCACUCUCUAAGAGCGUUCCCACUCUUCUUACGGAAUUAAGACACCUUAAUACCAGCCAUACUGAGUUGCUUGCUCUAAAGCAAUCUAUUCUCACGAGCCCUACCUCUGUUCCAGCUUUGAUGGGUUAA